AUUUGUCCAGGGUAAAUUGUUUCGUGUUCCUGAUGCCGAUCACGGAAUAUUCUUCAGCGGGGAGUGCUGUAUAUUCCUAUGCAUUUAUUGGAAGGAAGAGGAAUUAAAUAAUGCCAAAUACGAACAAGAUAGCGAGAGUGAAGAUGAAGAAGCCGAAGAUGAAUUUGAGGCCAUCCUUUACUUCUGGACCGGUAGAGAUGCACCGUCCAAUUUGUGGCCCAGAUUUACACUUCAGCACGCCCCGCAACUGAUGGAUCUGGUUAAGAAGAAGUACCAGUGUGAUCUCGAGAUCCGCAGGAUGUUUCAACAACGGGAAACAGAGAGAUUUCUUUCGCAUUUCCGGCGGAAAAGCAUUAUAUAUCGAGGCCCGUACAGCCCAGGAUGCGAAUAUAGCCGUGCGCGUCUAUUUCAAAUGCGGCAGAUGUCAUCGAUCAUCACACAGCGUACCGUAGAGGUACCCCUCAGCGCCUCUGUUUUGGACUCGACCUACUGCUUCAUCCUGGUAGCCCCACAUGAGAAAAGGCCGGGUGGAGUAGUUUACGUAUGGAUAGGCCGUCAGACUCGAGACGCAGAUGCCCAGACAGCCAUGACCAUGAGCACCAUCAUAUCUCGAGCUUACGACAAUGCAGAAAAUGCCACAUCUAGAUACGUAAUUCGAGUGGCACCGGAGAAUGGAGAACAUCCCUCAUUUCUGAGGCUUUUGUCAUAUAAUGGACGUUCUAUGACAAAAGAUACAGACGUUCCUGCCCUAGUGCGCUACAGUGCUGGUUCAAUGCGAUGCUUGCUACCAGCGCCUGGUGUACUACCAGACUAUGACCUGAAGAGGCUAUUUCGAUGCUCGAACCGUACGGGGUCCUUUGUAGUCAGUGAGAUAUCGCAAGACUUCUGCCAGGAUGACCUGGAUCACAACGACUGUUUCCUGCUCGGCAGCAGGCGGCGAGUCUAUCUGUGGGUGGGCAAAGACACGAGUGACGUGGUACAGAAACUGGCCUUGAAGAGCGCUCAGACCUUCGUUGCAGACCAGGGUGAUGGCUAUCCGAGAGAUGGCGUUGAGAAAGUAUUUGCUGGAGAGGAGUCUUUGGUGUUUCAACGAUUCUUCCAUGGAUGGUGGCCUGAGGCUUGACAUUAUCUUGCAAAUUCAGAUACAAUACAAUCGGGACGAAUAAAGGUUUACGGUUGCGUUAUUGACGACAUGGUCGAAAACGCACAUUUUUGCAAUAUUAAAUAUGCACAAAAGUAUACGGUAUGCGGCUCUACAUACGCGGCCAUGUACCCAUAUGUUUGCACAGUCCAUGGGAUAUUGAUGGCCCUGAAGAGCCUUACUUCAAUAUGUAGUAGAACUUCUUCUUUUUCUACUACAGAGUUGAGAAUGGCUAGGGAGUGAAGGCGAAUACUGUUGAAUCCAUAGUUUGUCGUGACGGUGGUAGCGGGCCGAGAGUUUCGAAAUUCAGAUGUUAUAAAUUGUGUUGUAUUGUAAACAGGGAAAUGAAUUGUGCUGAUUUUACAAGUAUGUUUUCAAUUUAAGACCACAAUAAACAAAUGAAUAAAUUAAAU